AAAAGCUUCUCGUUGUGAACGUCCAUUUCUCCCUCUAGUACAUUGACAAGUCGGCCCUCUUUUGUGGCUUGGGAAGCUGCCUCGAGAGUGGAGGAGUCCUGUGAUUAUUAGAAGUUGACGAACAAAGCCGAUAUGUAUGUUGCUUGACGUGUUCUGGAAGUCGCUGAAACCUCAAUGACCUGCUGCCAUACAGAUCACGUAUGCAUGUCCUUUAAGAGGAUUAUCUCUGAUGUUGGACACAUUGGUUGGGAAUCCUUUGCACCUGCUAGCCGAAGUUCGCUCGUGCGAUCCAUACCGCUGCAAUGCAUUGUCACAUCUAGACUUAUAACCAAAACCCGAAGACUGCUUUCGGUGCAGGCAGGGUUCUUGCCCGACGCCCAUCAGAAUUCGGACACAGCGGAAAGAGGCCGCAUGGGUACCCUCAAGCUUCAAAAUGCGCUGUCUUCCCAUAAUAAUACCCGUGUUCGUCGAGCUGUUCUAGAGCUUUUCCGCGAUUCGACGGGUUCUCAAGCGGUAUCCUCUUCGAAGGAUCUGGGCAUCUCAAAGGCGGUCAUCAUGUCCACCGUGGAUGUCUUAUCCUCUUCCGGUCGUUCGGGGGAUUUAUCUAUCGUAGAGGGUAUUAUGCAACACAUGCAGGAUCACUGGCGGUUGCCGGUAGACCAAGAGGUCCAUGAUACCAUCCUCCGAAACCUUGUCAAGCACGGGAAAGCUCGUUCUACCCUUCACUGGCUAUCCGACAUGAGGAAAAAGCCUGGCCACUGUCUACCCACCCUUGACCAAUGGCACCUUUUCCUCGAAAAAUGUUGGAAAGAGGAUGAAGUCAGACUAGCUCGCCGCGCCGUCUUUUCAAUGCGUCGAUCGGGUUGUCCUCCCUCGGAGUCCACCUUCAAACUUCUCCUCACGAUUAUGUUCGACUCCAAGUCUGGCCCUCCUCGACCCGAUGCGCUCAAGGAUAUUAUCUGGAAGAUGCGGGACGAAGGAAUACCAUUCACUGAAGCACUAUACAAUAUGGCCGUAUCUAAGUACCGCGAUUCUGGAGCUCUAACAUCGUUAGCACGUGUGGAAGAGUUGUACCAGGAGAUGUUGCAGAGACGUGAGGAGAUGACGAAGGUGGAAGCGCCCACGGAUGCACAAUAUACUCGACAAGAGGAAAUUCUUACUGAUAUCCUCAGUGAACCUAACGGAAAGGAUCGUGCUUUGAAGCUCCUCGCCGAGUACCAGAAGCGGGGCUUCAUACCCUCCACCUCUACGCUCACCGCUCUGGGACGUUCGUUGUCGUCCGUGGCCGAACUAAGGUUUUGGGAGCGGCGAUUGGAUGUAAAGGCAAACAUAGCGACUUGGGGUGCCCUCAUACAAAAUAUGGCGCCGAAGAAUAUAUACAACGCUAUCGAAGCUUACAGAACCGCGUUACACGAUGGUCACCCACCCAGCUUGCAUAUGCUCAGUCCCCUCAUUAGUGCAUUUAGCAGACGAACCUUCGGUAAACCCUCCAGAGAGUCAAUCGAUACAGCUCUCAAAUUUCACCGUGACUAUGUUACUGCACGCACUAAUAAUGAUCUCGGCGCGGACAAGACGUUGCCUAACAACACGAGCGAGCUAACCACGUAUAAUAUCCUUUUCCGAAUGCUCUCUUCCUCCUCAAUGACUUCGAAGUACUUCCCAAUAGCGGUGUCUCUUUUGGAGGAGAUGCACAAACGGGGCGUUGCGGUGGAUGGCGCGACAACUACCUCUACCCUCAUUCUUCUAAUGCGAAAUAGCACGAAUUAUGCGAACGCCUUCGACGUGUACAAGAAAGCUUUGAAGGACAAGGACGGACGUACCAGAUUCGGACCCAGACAAUUUGCUGCCAUUUUGGACACUUUUUGCAAGCUACCCUUCCAAGAAGGUCUCACGCCCGUGCCUCUUUAUUUCGAGAUCGUCGAAGACAUGCGGAACGCAGGCUUUUAUAUGACUUCAGAUAUCUAUACCAUCAUCAUUAGCCACCUGGCGCGUUAUGUGGUAACCGUCCCUCCCGCAGACAGGGAUACUCGGUACAAGGUUGCAUCGGUUAUCCGACGUUUGCAUGACAUGAUCACCCUAGAUGCAUCAUUGGUGCCCGACGUAGCUCUAUGGAACUCGCUCAUGGACGCCUAUCAACGAGCAGGUUGCUUCCGAGAUGCGUAUCAGUUAUGGAACACCUUGUUCAUCUCUCGCAAGUUUGAUCAGGCGAGCAUAAGCAUCAUCAUGGAUGCAUGCGCAUAUGCCGGGGCUGUUCGGACGGCUACAGACAUCUACACCAGGUUACACGAAUCCAACUACAAGCUAAACCGGCGCAACUGGAUUAACUGGCUGGAGUGCUUGUGUCGCUUAGACAAACUCGGAGACGCGCUGAAAUUGGUAUGUCUGGAGAUGGGGAAGGAUGACAGAAGCAUUCCACCAGACGAAGGGAUCGUUAGGCUUCUGCUUCGUUUCGCUAUACGGGAGAAUCGUGAGGGAGAGGUACGGACGAAGAUUAAAUCAUAUUUGCCGGAUCUCUGGGAGUCGCUACCUGCAGAUAUCCGCAACUUCUGAAACAUGUAGAUUCUCUAAAAUGCACUCAAUCUAUUCGGGAUUGUUACAGGAUUACUUAUAAUACAGAGUCUAUGUCGAAUUU